AGCUCUCACCAGCUUGGUAGGCGGGCUCAGGCUAAGUUUCACUUCCCACCUCUGGGGCCAGCAGCAAGAUCCAGCUGGUGUGCCCGGCCCAAGUCAUUGCUGCCUGCCUGCUACUUGGCUCGGUGGCAGGUACCCACCAUGUGCUCGCAGGCCCUGCUCCCAGGGCCCGUGCAGACCCUCAUCUUCCUGGACCUGGAGGCCACCGGACUGCCCUUCUCCCAGCCCAAGAUCACGGAGCUGUGCCUGCUGGCCGUCCACAGGUGUGCCCUGGAGAGCCCUCCGGCCCCUCGGGGGCCUGCCUCCAUGGCGCCCCCACCGCCCCGCGUGGUGGACAAGCUGUCCCUGUGUGUGGCCCCGGGAAAGGCCUGUAGCCCCGCAGCCAGCGAGAUCACUGGCCUGAGCACAGUGGCGCUGGCAGCGCACGGGCGUCAGCGUUUCGACACCAACCUGGUCGACCUGCUCCUGGCCUUCCUGCGGCGCCAGCCACAGCCCUGGUGCCUGGUGGCGCACAACGGCGACCGCUACGACUUCCCCCUGCUGCAGGCGGAGUUGGCUUUGCUGGGCCUGGCCAGCGCUCUGGACGGUGCCUUCUGUGUGGACAGCAUCGCUGCCCUGAAGGCCCUGGAGCAGGCCUGCGGCCCCCCCCAGCAAGGCCCGUGGAAGAGCUACAGCCUGGGCAGCAUCUACACGCGCCUGUACGGGCAGGCCCCGCCGGACUCGCACACGGCCGAGGGGGACGUCCUGGCGCUGCUCAGCGUCUGCCAGUGGAGGCCGAGGGCCCUGCUGCAGUGGGUGGACGCUCACGCCAGGCCCUUCGGCACCAUCAAGCCAAUGUACGGGGUCACAGCCUCUACCGGAACCAACUCAGGGUCAUCGGCUGCCACAACCACUGCACUCCUGGCCAGAGCCACGCACACCAGUCCCCACCUUGGGGGCAGCAGGAGGCCCAAGGCGCCUACUCCAGUGAAGGACCCCGAACCCUCACCCGCGGAGGGACUACUGGCGCCACUGGGCCUGCUGGCCUUGGUGACGGUGGCGGUGGCUACGCUGUAUGGGUUGUUCCUGGCCGCACCUGGGCAGUAGGCCGAGACGAGAAGCCUAAUAAAGA